GUCGCUGGUCGCUGCGUUCUACUCUCUCUUCAGCUCUCUCUUUGCCCUACCUCACUUUCCUCGGCUUCCUUUCCUGGCGGCGACGGCUGGGCGAGCGGCGGCGCCCUUCACACGUCUUCGCCGGGACCUUCGCCGGCAACGAGCGCCCACUAGGUUUCUGCUGUUUCAUUUAAAGGAUCAAUGGAGGCGAAGUUGGCAUUCUCCCAGGACAGCCCACCAAUUUCUAUCAUUUGUGCGGCUAAGGUUGCGGGUAUACCCCUAACUGUUGAUCCUAGUCUUGCUGCUGGCUCGGCACCCACACUACAGUUUGGUUUUGGAGAAUCACUCCAUGGUGUAAACCCAAUCCUCCACUUCAUUGCCCGUGGUGCAUCAUUUUCCAGUUUCUCUGGGCAGAAUGCUAUUGAGUUCGGGCAUGUUGUUGAGUGGCUUGAAUAUGCCCCCAUGUUCCUUUUAGGCUCUGAAUUUGAAAAUGCCUGCUCAUUUGUUGAUGGAUACUUGGCCUCCAGGACCUUUCUGGUUGGUCAUGGGCUGACAAUUGCUGACAUUGCAGUGUGGUCGAAUCUUGCUGGGAUUGGUCAACGGUGGGAGAGUCUAAGGAAAUCAAAGAAAUACCAAAAUCUUGUCCGCUGGUUCAACAGCAUAGAUGCAGAAUACAGGGACACACUGAAUGAAAUUGUGGCUGCAUAUGUUGGGAAACGAGGAAUUGGAAAAUCUCCUUCGCCAAGCCUUAAGGAAAAGGUACAUGAUUCAAAGGACCCAUCAGCUCCAGAAGUUGAUCUCCCAGGUGCAAAAGUUGGGCAAGUUUGUGUUCGUUUUGCCCCAGAGCCUAGCGGGUACCUCCAUAUUGGUCAUGCAAAGGCUGCAUUAUUGAACAAAUAUUUUGCUGAAAGAUAUCAAGGGCGCCUAAUUGUUCGAUUUGAUGACACAAACCCUUCAAAAGAAAGCAAUGAGUUUGUCGAAAACCUUCUGAAAGAUAUUGAGACAUUGGGGAUCAAAUAUGAUGCUGUCACAUACACAUCUGACUAUUUUCCAAAGCUAAUGGAAAUGGCUGAGAGUUUGAUUAAGCAGGGGAAAGCAUAUAUUGACGAUACACCAAAGGAGCAAAUGAGGAAAGAGAGGAUGGAUGGUAUUGAAUCAAAGUGCAGAAAUAAUACCAUUGAGGAAAAUCUGUCAUUAUGGAAAGAGAUGGUUAAUGGAACUGAGAGGGGCAUGCAGUGCUGUGUGCGGGGUAAACUCGACAUGCAGGAUCCUAACAAGUCACUCAGGGAUCCUGUUUACUACCGCUGCAAUACUGAUCCUCACCAUCGUGUUGGUUCAAAGUACAAGGUCUAUCCAACAUAUGACUUUGCUUGCCCAUUUGUUGAUGCAUUGGAGGGAGUGACACAUGCUCUUCGUUCCAGUGAAUACCAUGACAGGAAUGCACAAUAUUAUCGAAUUCUACAAGAUAUGGGGUUGAGGAGAGUAGAAAUUUAUGAGUUCAGCCGAUUGAAUAUGGUUUACACUCUUCUCAGCAAGCGGAAGCUUCUUUGGUUUGUACAAAACAAGAAGGUUGAAGAUUGGACCGAUCCGCGGUUUCCCACUGUUCAAGGCAUAGUCCGUCGUGGCUUGAAGGUUGAGGCGCUGAUACAAUUUAUACUCCAGCAGGGUGCUUCAAAAAAUCUGAAUCUGAUGGAGUGGGAUAAACUGUGGACAAUCAACAAAAAGAUAAUUGAUCCAGUGUGUGCAAGGCAUACUGCUGUGCUAAAAGAUCAGCGAGUGAUCUUUACUCUUACUAAUGGUCCAGAGAAGCCAUUUGUUCGAAUUUUGCCAAGGCACAAGAAAUGUGAGGCUGCUGGAAAGAAGGCUACAACCUUCGCAAACAGAAUUUGGCUAGAUUAUGCUGAUGCAUCAGCCAUUAGCAAGGGUGAGGAAGUGACCCUAAUGGACUGGGGGAAUGCUAUCAUUAAAGAGAUCAAGAUGGAGAAUGGAGUGAUUACUGAAUUAGUUGGAGAACUACAUCUUGAGGGCUCUGUGAAGACAACAAAAUUGAAGACCACAUGGCUAGCAGAUAUAGAUGAGCUAGUCCCCCUCUCAUUGGUGGAAUUCGAUUAUCUCAUCAGCAAGAAAAAGCUGGAGGAGGAUGAAGACUUCCUCGACAAUCUCAAUCCUUGCACUCGGCGAGAGACCCCAGCCCUUGGAGACGCAAACAUGAGGAACCUCAAGCGCGGAGAAGUCAUACAGCUCGAGAGGAAAGGCUACUACAGGUGUGAUGCCCCAUUUAUCAGGUCAUCAAAACCUGUGGUCCUGUUUGCGAUCCCAGAUGGUCGGCAGCAGGGCUCGCUGAACUAGGCAGCAUGCCACUGAUGGGCAACAUGGAAUUCCUGAGAUGUCAGGCUUGCCAAUCAAUAUUGUCGUAUACACUUAAUCUGGUACUGUUUAGGCUUACUCGCCGUAGAUUUUGUUUACUGCUAGAUGGCCAGGCCCAUCCUGCCUACCAAGCAGCACAGGCAUUCUGAUUUUGGUUGAUGAUACUUGCCUCAGUUUGAAGAUGCUGGUACUUUUCUAGCAAUGCUGUCUGCAUCCUGCGUUCGCCUUUACUGUUUUGCUGUACUUACCUCAGCUUGAAGAUUUACGGCUGUUUUAUCCUUUUAACUGGCGUAAUA